AUGGAUAUAGCAACUACACUUCUCAACGUCGCAAACAUCACCAAAAUUGAUCUUAGUUAUCAACCGAUGGGUGGAAAUAUCCCGCCUCAGAUAGGUGAUCUAUCGGCAUUGGAGUACCUUGACUUGUACUCUUGUGAUUUAUCUGGUGAGUUACCUCCUCCUCUUGGAAACCUUUCCCAUUUACUGUUUCUCCACCUUUCCAGUAAUUGUAUUCAUGGUCCAAUCCCUUCUUCUUUUGGUCAAUUAACCAAUUUGGAAAGUUUGUACCUUGAUGAUAACCAACUCGAUGGCUACAUCCCUCGGGGUAUUGAAAAUAUGAAGAAACUCGGGUAUUUAAGCAUCAGAGAUAAUAAUUUUACUGCUAUAACAUUCCUCUGUUUCUGUGUCCUUUGA